GGUGGGCGAGCGCCGGCCUCGGGGCCGCUCGGCCCCGGCGCCGCCAGGCCCCGCCCCCGGGGCCCCGCCCGGGCCGUGACCCUCCCGCCUGGCGGAAGAGGCGGCUCGGCGCUCGGGUCUGCGGCGGCUGGAGGAAACCCUUCACUUCCCACCAUGAAGCUGGACAUCCAGUGUGAGCAGCUGAGCGACGCCCGCUGGACCGAGCUGCUGCCUCUGAUCCAGCAGUACGAGGUGGUCAGGCUGGACGACUGUGGCCUCACGGAGGUGCGCUGCAAGGACAUCGGGUCCGCGCUGCAGGCCAACCCGUCCCUGACAGAGCUCAGCCUGCGCACCAAUGAGCUGGGCGACGGCGGCGUGCUCCUGGUCCUCCAGGGCCUGCGGAGCCCCACCUGCAAGAUCCAGAAGCUCAGCCUCCAGAACUGCUGCCUGACGGAGGCUGGCUGCCAGGUCCUGCCGGGCGUGCUGCGCUCCCUGCCCACCCUGCGCGAGCUGCACCUCAGCGACAACCCACUGGGGGAUGCCGGCCUGCGGCUGCUCUGUGAGGGGCUCCUGGACCCCCAGUGCCGCCUGGAGAAGCUGCAGCUGGAGUACUGCAACCUAACGGCCGCCAGUUGCGAGCCCCUGGCCGCGGUGCUCAGGGCCACGCGGGACCUGAAGGAGCUCGUGGUGAGCAACAAUGACAUCGGCGAGGCUGGCGUCCAGGUGCUGUGCCGGGGCCUGGCAGAGUCCGCUUGCCAGCUGGAGACUCUCAAAUUGGAGAACUGUGGCCUCACGGCGGCCAACUGCAAGGACCUGUGUGGGAUCGUGGCCUCCCAGGCCUCGCUGAAGGACCUGGACCUGGGCAGCAACCGGCUGGGCGACGCGGGCCUGGCGGAGCUGUGCCCCGGGCUGCUGAGCCCCAGCUCCCAGCUCAGGACCCUGUGGCUCUGGGAGUGCGACCUCACCGUCAGCGGCUGCAGAGACCUCUGCCGCAUCCUCCAGGCCAAGAAGACCCUGAAAGAGCUGAGCCUGGCAGGCAAUGGCCUGGGGGACGAGGGUGCCCAGCUGCUGUGCGAGAGCCUGCUGCAGCCCGGCUGCCAGCUGGAGUCCCUGUGGGUGAAGUCCUGCGGGUUCACGGCCGCCUGCUGCCAGCACUUUGGUUCCGUGCUGACCCAGAACAAGCGCCUCUUGGAGCUGCAGCUGAGCAGCAACCCGCUGGGCGACGCGGGCGUCCACGUGCUGUGCCAGGCCCUGGGCCAGCCGGGCACCGUGCUGCGGGUGCUCUGGGUGGGCGACUGUGAGCUGACAAACAGCAGCUGUGGCGGCCUGGCCUCACUCCUGCUGGCCAGCCGCAGCCUGCGGGAGCUGGACCUGAGCAACAACGGCCUGGGCGACCCUGGCGUCCUGCAGCUGCUGGGCAGCCUGGAGCAGCCUGCCUGCGGCCUGGAGCAGCUGGUCCUGUAUGACAUCUACUGGACCGAGGCGGUGGAUGAGCGCCUGCGGGCCGUGGAGGAGAGCAAGCCCGGCCUGCGGAUCAUCUCCUAAGCCCGGUCCCCCACUGGGCUUUAACUGAGAAAAGGUCAGAUCAGCUCAUUUCUGGCAGAGAACUUUAGGCACUUUAUUAAAAUCCCUUUUUUGGCA